UUACAAUAUACAUAUUACGUGAUUUAUAAGUAAAUUGUGGUUCAUAAUUAAAUUAUGGGGCAAUUUGUUUGUGUGUGUGUAAAUUUUUUGUAUUAUAUGAUUGUCUUUUGCAAGGUUUGAGGUUAAGUUCAAUUUGGCUUCAUAAACAGAAUGCAAAGGUCUCAAAGCACCACGUCUCGAAAAGAAACGGAAAUGGCCGAUCAAAGCACGAGAGACUUACAAGCGAUGGGCGUUUCCGGCGAUCCGGUUGAACGUCUCCGAUUGUUGUGUUUAUCCAGAGGCGCGACGGGUCUUUUAGGAUUAGGAAGAUUAUUGAGAAAUAUGGAUGAUGAUGGUAGUAAAAGUUUGAACCGUGAAGAAUUUUUGAAGGGGCUUAAAGACAUGGGGUUGGAUGUAACCGAUUAUGAGGCUGAGGAGAUCUUUGAAAAAUUUGACACUGACGGCAAUGGAAAUGUUAAUAUUGAUGAGUUUUUGAACCAUAUCAGACCGCCAUUAAAUGAUGCUCGCAAGGGUAUAAUAGAUGAGGCGUUCAAAAAAGUGGAUAAAAAUGGGGACGGUGUGAUAUCCAUUGAAGAUUUGAAAAAUGUUUAUAACGUCAAGGCGCACACUCUGUAUAUUUCCGGUGAGGAGAGCGAAGAUAAAAUUUUAACGAGAUUUUUGGAAAAUUUUGAGAAGGGUGCAACUAAAGAUGGGCAGGUCACUCAUGAGGAGUUUUUAAACUAUUACGCCGGAAUAAGUGCGUCAAUUGACAACGAUUGUUACUUCAAUUUAGUCAUGAGACAAGCCUAUAAAUUGUAAUUGUCUAAUAAAACGCUUCGAAAAUACAUUCCUUCGAUUAAAUAAUAAAAACUGUUAGAAAUGUCACAUUUUAAUCAAAUAUGAAAUACUGAAACUUGCUUUUAUUGAUAAAUAAACAAUAUA